AUGACGCAGCAGUGGCUCCUCCAGACUGUGCGUCGCAGUGUGCGCGCCUCUGUCUCGGCGCGGAUCGCUCCUUCAUCUCGCGUCGCCCCUAACCCCAUGACCGCUCGUUGCGCGCGUGUCUUUUCGUCCACGCCGCAUCCAAGUGAGACGUUUAUGACAGGCACGAACAAUGCUUACGUCGAGCAGAUGUACUCCCAUUGGAAGGAGAACCCACAAAGUGUCCACACGUCCUGGGACGUCUACUUCCGUCAAGUCGAGAGCGGCAGCGUGCCGGGGGAAGCAUUUAUUCCUCCUCCUACCAUUCAAAAGGGCGUGACGCCCGUCCAGUCUGUAGCGGGUGCAGGAUUUGCCUCUUCGCCUUCUUCUUCUAGUGAGAGGAAUGACGCUCUGGGACUGAGCUACCUGAUUCGAGCUUACCAAGUACGUGGCCACGAGGCUGCAAACAUGGAUCCACUGGAGCUGCAAGAGCGUCAAGAGCUGCCGGAGCUGGACAUUAAGAUGUACGGCUUCACUGAGCAAGACUUGGACCGCGUGAUUGACAUUCCCAAGAACUUCUCGUCGGGUGUGUCUGGCUUCUUGGAAGAACUGACUGACGGCAAUAACAGCAUGACGCUGGGCCAGAUCAUUCAGCGUCUCAAGGAUACGUACUGCAGUUCGAUUGGAGUGCAAUAUAUGCACAUACUGGACCGAGAGCAGUGCAACUGGAUUCGAGCAAAGAUGGAGCAUCUUGUGAAGAACGAGGAGACGAAGAAGAAAAAGAUGCAUAUUCUCGAGCGACUGGCUUUUUCAGUAGUCUUCGAGCGCUUUUUGGGCAACAAGUACAACACGACGAAGCGAUUUGGUCUGGACGGUGCAGAGAGUCUCAUUCCUGGUCUCAAGUUCAUGAUUGAUCGCGGCACGGAGCUGGGUAUGGAGCACUUGGUGAUCGGCAUGCCCCACCGUGGCCGUCUGAAUGUGCUGUCAAACGUGAUUCGCAAGCCUAUCCAGCAGAUCUUCAAGGAGUUCCAAGGCACUCACAUUGAUGUAGACUCUUACAACCAACGCGACGUGGAAGACUGGUCGAACUCAGGUGAUGUCAAGUACCACCUGGGCACAUCGUACGACCGCACGUACCCAGAUGGCCGUAAAGUGCAUCUUUCGCUGGUGGCCAAUCCGUCUCACCUGGAAGCAGUUGACCCUGUUGUAGUUGGCAAAGUUCGUGCCAAACAGUUCUACCUUGGCAACGACGCUGAAGCUGAGAAGAAAGUCAUGCCGUUAUUACUGCACGGCGAUGCCGCCUUUAGCGGUCAGGGCGUUGUGUACGAAACCAUGCAUCUAUCCGGUCUCGACAAUUAUGACACGGGUGGUACCGUACACGUGGUGGUGAACAACCAGAUCGGUUUUACGACCGACCCGAAGAACUCGCGGUCAUCCCAGUACUGCACAGACCUCGGCAAGGCCAUGGAUGUGCCUAUCCUGCACGUGAAUGGUGACGAUCCAGUGUCGGUGGUGAAGGUGUUUGAAUUCGCGGCGGAGUGGCGUCAAAAGUGGCGUUCGGAUGUGAUCAUCAAUCUGACGUGCUACCGUCGCUUUGGCCACAACGAAGUGGACAAUCCGUUCUUCACUCAGCCGCUCAUGUACAAGAAGGUUGGCCAGAUGAAGUCAGUUCUGGACAAGUUUGUUGACCAGCAAGUGGCUGCUGGCACCGCUUCCAAGGAAGAGUGCGACGCCGUUGUGUCCAAGGUCUGGAACUUUUUCCAGAGAACAUUUGAAGAGACGGAAAAGUGGGAAGACACGAAGAAGAGUGACUGGCUUGCGAACCGUUGGGAGUCGUUUAAAAGCCCUAACCAGCAAUCGCGUAUUCGUCCCACGGGUGUGCACAUGAAUGUGCUCAAGCACGUUGGAGAAAAGAUCAGCACGGUUACCCCAGGUUUCAAGGUCAAUCGCCAGCUGGAUCGCAUCAUGGCAGCGAAAAAGAGCGCAAUCGAGUCGGGUGAAGGCAUUGAUUGGGGAACGGCUGAGGCCCUUGCUUGGGGCACGUUGUUGCUAGAGGGCAACCACGUGCGUAUCAGUGGACAGGAUGUCGAGCGUGGUACGUUUAGCCACCGACACGCUGUAUUGCACGACCAGGAGACCAACGAGGAGUAUGUGCCGCUGAACCAUGUGGCCACGAACACGCUACCUUCGGCCCCACUGGAUUACACGACCCCUGGGAAUGAAACGGUCCCGGACACGCAGGCCGAGUUCGUAGCGACUAACAGCUCCUUGUCGGAAUACGGUGUGCUGGGCUUUGAGCUCGGCUACUCGCUGGAAAAUCCCAAUGCUCUGGUAAUGUGGGAAGCUCAGUUUGGCGAUUUUGCCAAUGGUGCGCAAAUCAUGAUUGACCAGUUCCUGAGUGCUGGUGAGGACAAGUGGAUGCGCCAGUCCGGCCUUGUGAUGCUGUUGCCUCACGGCUAUGAGGGCCAGGGCGCUGAGCAUUCGUCGUGUCGCGUCGAGCGCUACCUGCAAAGCACGGACGACGACCCGAACGUGGUCCCGCUUAUGGAUGAAGAGAAUCGUAUGCAGAUCCAGCACACUAACUGGCAGGUGGUGUAUUGCUCCAAUCCUGCACAGUACUUCCACGUAUUGCGCCGUCAGAUUCACCGCGACUUCCGUAAACCACUGAUUUCGGUGCAGCCGAAGCACCUGCUUCGUCUGCGUCAAGCUUCGUCAAAGCUGGAGGAUAUGGCUGAGGGGACACAGUUCCAGCGCCUCAUCCCCGAAGUGACAUCGGAGAAGCUGGUCGAGGACGAACAGGUGAAGCGCGUGAUCUUCUGCUCGGGCAAGAUCUACUAUGAGCUGGCCCAGGUGCGUGACGAGAAGGACGUCAAGGACGUGGCGAUUGUGCGUGUAGAGCAGAUUGCUCCAUUCCCUUUCGACAAGGUGGCGGAGCAGGCCGCUCGGUACCCGAACGCCGACAUCAAGUGGGUGCAGGAGGAGCCAUUGAACAUGGGAUUCUGGACGUACGUGUCGCCACGCAUUGAGACGGCGCUGACGCAGCUCAACAGUGACUCGCGCAGACCUACUUUCAUUGGCCGUGCCCCUGCAGCGGCACCGGCGACCGGCUACAAUGCGGUGCAUCAGAUCGAGCAGAACCGCAUCAUCAAGAAGGCGUUGAAUCUGUAG